UCCGGUCUCCUGCGGCGCAGAGGCGCCAUUUUUGAAGUUGGAGUAGCGCUGGGCUUCGACAGGCAGACAGAAAAGGCUGGCGGCCGGAUUCGAUUGGGUUGCUGUUACGUUUUAUUCGCCUCACGCACGGUGACAUGCUGCGAGAACUGAGAGGUCCCCGGUGACAGGAGCCGAUCGCAGAGGAGCAGAACGAUGAGCGGCCGCCGCAGCAGCUCCGCCCUCGCAGGUGUCGUUGCGUUUGUGGAUGUCUGGUCCAGCAAGAAGAACGAGAACUACUCCAAGGUGUUUGCCGAGCAGCUCGCCAGUCUGGGUGCCAGGGUGUCCAAGACUUUCAACAAGCAAGUGACCCAUGUGGUGUUCAAAGACGGCCAUGACAGCACAUGGAAGAAAGCCAAGAAGAGUGGCAUGAAGCUCGUCUCCGUCCUCUGGGUGGAAAGUUGUCAAGAAAGCGGACGGCAUGUUGACGAGGCCUUGUACCCUGCUGUGAAUGAAAACGAGCGACUGAUCACCGCGCCAAAGAAGAGAACACAUCGCUGUAUGCAGCCGAAGACUCUGGAAGAAAGAACGCCAGAAAACGACUGGCGGCUCAAGAGGAAGCUGGAGCAGAUGAUGAAGAAGUUGGUGAGCGAGAAGGCGUCCACAGUCGACUCCGUCCUCUGCUUUGAUGCGGACGGCUCAGUCGCCUACAGCCCGAGACCCCUAGUCCUGCAGACGGGCGACUACAUGGAGCAGCGGCUCAGGGAUAUGAAGGAGAAAAGGGAGAACCUCUCGCCGACAGCGUCUCAGAUGGUCGACACCCCCUGGUCGUCUUUGUCACCUAAGCAGCUGCCUGGACGUCCCGAGGUCCUGCCAGACGAUGAACCCUCACUGGCAUUAGGUGACCUGGACUCGUCCUUCCAUGAACUUUUCUCCUUUUCAAAGAAAUCCAUCAAGCAGCUGACCUCAAAUGCCAGGAGUGGUGCCAUCGACCCCUCAUCUCCACAGCUGACCACCCCACCCUCCACUUCCUCGAGUCACACUGGGGCCUCCAGAACUUCACCCCUGGCCAGUGGGAGGAAGGCUGGCAAGCCCAAGAGGUCAGCGAGAAGGUCGCAGAGGGAGGUGGGCGCUGCCAGUAGUCCACCCCUUCCAGGUGCGGGAGUGACACAAAAUGGUGGCCUUCAGGGACUCGAUGAGCAGCCAGUCAAAGACCGCGUGAUGCCCCUGUCUCUGCACACCUUGGAUGAAGGUGGCAUCGAUGCUGAGAAGCCCACUUUGGUGUGCAAGCAGCGGGCAAACGGGGGGCGAAAUAUGUUUUCGGCAGAGCUCGAGGUGGACAUCUGUGUGCCCAGGGGGGCACUGCCUCUGCUGAUGGAGACGCCUAAAAAGCCGGUGAGCGCCUUGCCCACCAAGGACGACGAGCCCUUUGAAGAUUACUUUUCUCCUCUGAACGGCAAAGACUGCCGAGUCAAGCGGAUUUCGCUCGCGGGCGCGGACUCCGAAUGUUUUGCUUUUCCUCCUUUGGAGAGGCUGCCCUUACGAGAGAAGCGGAAAAGAUCGACGAGGAAUUCCGGGGAGACGACUGUGGCCACUAAACGAAAGAGGAGUCAAGCGAGUGGGGCGGGUGACCAGACAGCCCCCCAGACCGCUCCUGGAGACCUCGGACAGAAAGGUGCCCCUCGAAGGAAAGCGGAGACGCCGUCCGUGUCGGCCCCAGGUGGUCCGAGCCUCCCAGUGUGUGAGAAGCCAGCUAGUGCAAGGUGCCACAUGUCUGAGACGGACGCCUUCUCUGAUAUACUGGAGGGGACAACGAGCACCGCAGGUGGCACUAGUCCUGAAAGACCACCACCCGACAUGCUGUGCCCAAGUGGCAGGUUAGACCGUGAUGCAGUGCCCUCUGAUGUCAAAGACGACGACGGCAGCGAAAACUGCAGAGGUGGCAGCGAGAAGACCAUGAAGACAGACCGAGCGAGGAAGCCCAAGAGGACGCUGGUGAUGACGAGCAUGCCCUCUGAGAAGCAGAGCCUGGUCAUUCAGCUGGUCCAGUCCCUCGGCGGCUUCUCCAUUGUGGACCAAGUCUGUGAGAGCACGACGCACGUGGUAGCCGGCUGCCCUCGCCGCACGCUCAACGUCCUGCUGGGCAUGGCCCGCGGCUGCUGGAUCCUUUCCUUUGAGUGGGUCAUCUGGUGUCUGGAACGCGGCCAGUGGAUCCCAGAAGAGCCGUACGAGCUGGCGGACCACUUCCCUGCUGCUCCUAUAUGCCGACUGCAGCGCCACCUCUCGGCAGGAGAGUACCAACAGAAUUUGUUUGCAGAUUUUCCAGCGAUCUUCAUUUCUGCAUCCUGCCAGCCGCCCGCCGAGCAGAUGGCAGAACUGAUUCUGCUUUAUGGGGGUAAAGUGUGCAAAACCAUCAGGCAAGCGGGGCUGUGCAUCGGGGGCUACAAGGGGAAGACGCCGCUGGGCACAAGGGUUCUGUCGGAGCAGUGGAUCCUAGACUGCAUCACCCAGCACAAGAAGCUCCCAUGGGACGAAUAUGUGCUGCCCUAGGAGGGGCCGCAGUGUGCCCGUCUGGUGGGUCCCUCACCAUCCCCUGUGCCCGUCUCUCACCAACACAAACGCUCUUUGCUCUUCUCACGUUUUGAAUUUUUAAACUCACGAGUGCGUUGGUUUGGUUGGUUUUUAACUUUUGUAGAGAGUUGUGUGAUUUUUAUUAAACUGCUCUGUAAAUUGGGAGAGGUGGGCCUGAAGGUGGGCAUCGUGGCUCAAAUGCCAGACCCAUUGGGACUCGGUGAUCUUUUAAUCAGCUGCUGUCUGACACGCCUGGUGGGGUGUAGGAGGGGACGCCACCAAGCAGUAGAGGUGCCAGGGCUGGCCGAUGCCACACAUGGUUUCUCCUUUUCAUGCCCUGUGCCCGUCCUGUCUUGACGGGCUGGCAUGAAGAGGCAGCAACAAACUCCCAGGCAGAACUUUGUCUCAUUUUCUCAAUUAUUAAAAGGUAUUGAGAGUAAACAAGUGUAUUGUUACUGGCAGCUGGUACUCCGCUGCAGAUCGUCUCUCUUUAACUGGCAUGGUGAAGAUGGCACUGCCACCAGCGGGCACCUUUACAGCAAUUCUAGUGGUCCUCACACAGAAGGGAUUUGAAAAGGGGGGGGGUCCACGAUUAGAAUCAACUGCAGUGUGGCGGGGGGGCCGGCACGGCCUGAAUACACUGAGGUGGUCCUCAAAUAAAGUGGGGCUGAAGACUCGGGCUGAGGUGGUGACAGACGUGAUGCCAACGCAGGAGAAGUGCGUUACCGAAAAAGAGAACAGUCGGUCUGUACCCAACUCGCUAUACCCUAACACAGUGUCGUCUUUUGGGGUCUGCUGGAGCCGCUCCCAGCCAGCACAGGGCACAAGGCAGGAACAAACCCCGGGCAGGGUGCCAGCCCACCGCAGUGAAAAAGAGAAGAGAAUGUGCAAAACCAAAGACAAGCAAUGCAAGAAGGUGACGGGUUAUUAAAGCCAGCGCCUGGCAGGCACUCGGGGGAGCGAGGAGGUGGCGUGCCAGCCGGUGGUGGCUGUAGGUUGUAAUAAGCAGCACAACACAAACAAACUGAGUGACUGCCAAUGCAACCUUGAGAGGUGGCAGCUGGCACUCUGAAGUGUUUUUAAUCGUGGGUAUCCUGCCAUUGUGACAACAGAACAGAGCACAGUAACCAGCGGGCACGUGCCAGUUGUGUCAUAACAGGACAGACGGGUCUCCACUCGUCAUUUAAGGCAGGAGGAGUCCCGCCAACUGAGGUGGCACCGUGGAGUAGAAGCCACAGAGCUGAAUGGAUUUGAGUUAAAAUGUUAAUUAACAUGGAAGGCAAUGAAAGCUGCGGGUCGCGCCAACCUGAGACUCGAAUCAGCUCGACGUGUUUUUGCUGUGCGAUCAGCAGAGCUGCAGAUCUGAACCUACCCGGCUGGCUGACUGGCUGGCUUAGCGAUUGCCAUUUAUGAACUCCAAACUCGGCCUUAGGGCAUUAAAGUGCCAGGCACAGGCCGCUCGCUAGGCACCACCAGCCUCUCAAACCACAAACCACCGCUACACCUUCAUGGCGCAGAAUGAGCUGCAGGAACAGACAACGCUAACUGAAGAGUGGAGGCCCCUGGCAUGGACUCCCCCUGCUGUGCUCACAAAGCGCUCCCUUAAUGGUGGGUGUCUGGCACAAGCUGGCGUCACCCUUUAACUGGCACACUCGGACAAAGCCAAUGCUUCCAGAGUAAGAGGAUCUCAAACUUGGCAGGACCCACCAGCUGAUGAUGGAGCAAAAGGCCCACAUGUGGCGUCUCUGCCACCUUGACGUGCCAAGUUCUUCGAGACCAAGUCUUCCACUCGUCUACUUUCCCUCAAUUUCUCUUUCUUUCUCUCUCUGCCCAGCUUUGCCUUUCCCUUCUCUCUGCUGUUCCAUUAAUGUCGUAGGCUGGCAUCCCAAACGCUGAGAGGCUCCUUUACCCAAACUGCCCACCUGUUGUGCCACCU